AAAGGGACGGCGUGCGUCGCGAACUGGUGCUCCGGCGGGCAGACCACGCGGUACGUGAGUUCCACCACAGAGCACAGGGGCGGAACACACGGGCACUAGCGGCGGACGCGUGUGGCCGGGGAUCUAGAUCUCCCAUCUCCUCCACCACACCACCACCAACGCGCGCGCCUCGCCUCGUCUCCCUCCAGUCCAAACCGCCGUCGACCGCCUUGCCCCCGACUGUCGCGGCGCCCGCACUCCCACCCGCUGCUGCCGGAUCCCCUGCCCCUACCGUACGGUCUGCCCGCUUUCACCGCCCGCCCGCCCGCCGCCGCCAGCCUAGCUGGGGUCGGGUGGAGAUCCACCAGGAAAAGAGGGUGCUCUCUUCUCCUCGUGCGGGUGUUGUAAUUUUGUCAAGCCGGAAGGGCAGCAGUACUUGUAGAGUUGUUCCACCAUGGCCAAUGAUGGAGACGAUGGACAAAGCCAGGAUUAUCUCUUCAAAAUUGUCCUGAUCGGGGAUUCCUCUGUUGGUAAAUCGAACUUGCUAGCAAGAUUUGCAAGGAACGAGUUCUACCCAAACUCCAAGUCCACUAUAGGAGUGGAGUUCCAGACACAAAAGUUGGUAAUCGAUGGGAAGGAGAUUAAGGCUCAGAUAUGGGACACUGCUGGACAAGAGCGCUUUCGAGCAGUGACAUCUGCUUACUACCGAGGCGCUGUGGGAGCUCUUCUCGUCUAUGAUAUUAGCAGGCGUCAGACUUUCGACAGUGUUGGUCGAUGGCUCAAUGAACUACACAAUCAUUCUGAUAUGAAUGUCGUCACGAUUCUGGUGGGUAACAAAACCGAUCUGAAGCAUGCGCGUGAGGUGAGCACCGCGGAAGGACAAGCACUGGCCGAGGCUCAGGGCCUCUUCUUCAUGGAAACCUCAGCUUUGGAUUCGUCGAAUGUUGCAGCAGCUUUUCAAACUGUGGUUAAGGAGAUCUACAGCAUACUAAGCAGGAAGGUGUUUCAGUCACUAGAGCAGAAGAAAAGCGAGCUGCAGUCGCUAAGCAGCGGGAAAGCCGUGGUGCUGCAGGGUGAAGCCAACCAAACAAGCAGUGGUGGGAGGUGGUGCUGUUCCUCGUGACCUGACACGAGGACUGCAGCUAUGGAGGGCGAUCGGAUUGUGAGACAUUCGGGUGUGUAACCCUGUAGUCCGAUUUGUGAAAAGUUGCUUUUCCCCCAUGUUCUUGUUCUAAAGGUAAGCUGGCGUGGCUGCUUGUACGAAAGCUGGUGUUUUCCGUCGGAGGAAAUCAAUGUAUAGUUCGAUUGAUCCUUGGGAGGUGUCGAUGAUACACAUGAUUGUGUAAAGAGAAAAAGCGCGACCAACUUGACUGUUGCGUCAUUCUA